GCAAAUCGUUCGCGCUCAGCCGUUUUGCGGUGUUCUUCACAGUAUCCUCUUGUUCUCCCCAAGACAUGGAGCGCUGGAACGGCAGAGUUGCUUUGGUGACGGGAGCCUCGGUCGGGAUUGGUGCGGCUAUAGCUCGCGCUCUGGUGCAGCAUGGCAUGAAGGUGGUCGGCUGCGCUAGAACUGUGGAGAAAAUAGAGAAACUGGCAGCGGAGUGUCGGAGCGCUGGCUACAGCGGCAUCCUCGUCCCAUACAAGUGCGACCUGUCCAGCGAGGAGGACAUCCUGUCCAUGUUUUCCGCCAUUAAGACCCUACACCAGGGCGUGGACGUGUGCAUCAAUAACGCGGGACUGGCCCAGGCGGAGCCUCUGCUCAGCGGCAAAACCAGCGGCUGGAGGACCAUGAUCGAUGUGAACAUUCUAGCACUGUCGAUCUGCACACGUGAGGCCUACCAGUCCAUGAAGGAGAGGAACGUGGAUGACGGACACAUCAUCAACAUAAACAGUAUGAGUGGACACAGGGUAGUGCCCAGUGGUGAUGUCCACUUCUACAGUGCCACCAAGUAUGCAGUGACCGCGCUCACAGAAGGUCUACGGCAAGAGCUGCGAGAGGCCAACACUCACAUACGAGCCACGUGUAUAUCCCCGGGUUUAGUGGAAACCGAGUUUGCUUUUCGGCUUUACAACAACAACCCCGAGAAAGCAGCUGGUACAUACGAGAGCAUCAAGUGUCUGAAAGCAGAUGACAUAGCCAGCGCAGUCAUGUACGUCCUCAGCGCACCUCCACACGUGCAGAUUGGAGAUAUUCAGAUGAGGCCAGUUGAACAGGUGUCUUAGCGGCGCACUCGGAAGAGGCUGGAGCAGUUGCUCAAAUCAGCAGCAUCAGUACCUCAACAGCGACACCCUCUGGGCGCAUUUUUUUUCUAAAGUGGACUGGAAGGAUCGAGGUCGGAGUUCAUGCCGUGGGAAUCUGCAGCCAGGCUGUUUUCUGACA